AUGGCGGCGCCAGAGAUCAACAGUCUCCCCCGCACCAAGCUGCCCUUCUUCGACAUUACCUUUCGCAAUCUCGAGGACGGCCACUACGAGGCGCCCUCAGACUAUAACCAAGUGUCCCGCCAAUUGACCCCGGUACUCGCUUCCAACGAUGCCUUGCUCAAGGCGUUUGGUGCCUUUGUCCUCGCCGUGUCCGACUUGGAAGACGCCGCCUUCACAGCCCAUGUCGGCUCCGAGCGUCUGCUGGUCACGGCCAAGGCGCCUGGCAUCAACGAGCAACUGCGAUCCUUCUCUUCCGAUAACAUAGCAAUUUCUUCCUCGCCCCUCACAGCUCCAAUUGCCGACGGGCUUCUCGAUUUUGAGAUUCAAAUCAUUGGACCCGAGAGCGCCUCAAAAGUUCCCAAGCAGCUAUCUAGUACCUUUGUCCUCGCAGUGUGCCCUACUGAAAAGGUCAACGUCGCCGAUCUUCAGCUCUUUGUCGACGUCCGCAACGGCCACGCGCAAUCUACCACCCACCUCCUCGAGCUCGCUGCUCGCUACCUCGCCCCCGAGCCCUCCGCCGACCCGUCCGUGAACAGGGCCGAGCCGUUCUCGUGCCGCCAAAAUGGCCCGCCCACCAUGAUCAGCCGCCCGCCGCUGCUCAAGAGCGACCUCGCGCUCUACGCCAGCGAGGCCGACUGCCCCGCGCUCUUCCACAGCGCCUUUGAGCGCCGCGCGGCCGAGUCUCCCGACAGCUCGUGCAUCGAGUACAUCGCCGACGCCUCCGGCAGCAUCGAGAAGUGGACGUACGGCGAAGUUCACGCGCUCGCCGAGGACCUGAUGAAGGAGCUGCACAUUCUCGAGACCAAAGUCGUCUGGCACAAGCCCUUCAACGGCCAGCGCAUCGUGCCGCUCUACCUGCCCGGCUGCCCGCAGCUCUACGCUGGCUACAUGGGCAUCAUGAAGGCCGGCGGCGCUUUCUGCCCGCUCCCGCUCGACGCGCCCCCCGAGCGCGUCCAGGUCAUCCUCGAGGACAUCGAGGCGCCCGUCGUGCUUGGCCUGGGGGCGAAUCCGUUCCCGGGCCUGGCCAUCGACGCCGCGGAGCCGCACAUCGCCGAGUUCCUGCGGAACAUUGUCUGGGUCGACAUGGCCAACCUGUCGGCCUGGCGCGCCGACCGGCCCGUCGAGUCCCUCGCGCCGGCGCAACCCCGGACGCCCAAGGAAGAGGACCUCGCUUACAUCCUGUACACCAGCGGCUCGACCGGCAAGCCCAAGGGCGUGCUCAUCUCGCACAUCUCGGCCUGCUGCGCCAUCGGCGGCCACGACGAGGCAUUCCCGCACCUGGCCGUCGGCCCGGCGCUGCGCUGGCUGCAGUUCGCCAUGCCGACGUUCGACCUCAGCCUCAUCGAGAUCUUCGUCACGCUCGGCAACGCCGGCACGCUCUGCGUCGCCGAGCGCACACUCAUGCUGACUGACAUUGAGCGCACCAUCAAGCUCUUCCAGGCCAACACCAUCUUCACCGUGCCCAGCCUGGCCACGCUGCUGCGCCCGGCUAAAGUGCCCUCGCUGACCACGCUGGUCGUCGGUGGCGAGCUGCUCAACAAGUACACCAUCGACAACUUCUCCCACGACUCGCUCCGCGGGCCAGGAGAGCCCCAGCGCCACCUGAUCAACAUCUACGGCCCGACCGAGGCCACCAUGGCCGUGGCCACGGAGGAGUCGGCCGUCACUACGCGCGGCUCCGUCAUCGGCGACUGCCUCCGCUGCGCCGGCAUCGUCAUCGUCGACCCCAACUCGGACGAGCUUGUCGAGACGCCGUCGCCACUGACGGGCGAGCUGGCCAUCAUCGGCCCGCAGGUCGGCUUCGGCUACCUGAACCGGCCCAAGGAGACCAACGCGGCCUUCAAGGACGGCAGCAAGCUCGGGCUCGGCCCCGUGUACAAGACGGGCGACCGCAGCCGCAUCGUCUGGGCCGCCGACGGCCGGCCCAAGGUCGAGAUCCUCGGCCGCCUCAGCAUGGAGCAGGUCAAGCUCAACGGCCGCCGCGUGGAGCUGAGCGAGAUCGAGUCCGGCGUCGCCCGCUCCGAGCGCGUCCGCGAGGUCGCCACCGUCGUCCUCGGCAAGGCCCAGCUCGUCGCCUACAUCUCGCUCGCCGAGGCGACUGACUCGCCCGAGGCUCGCGAGCUGGCCAUCGCCGACUGCCGCGACGUCGCGGACCGCACCAUGCCGACCUGGAUGCGACCGAGCGACUACACGGUGCUCGCGGAGCUCCCGCGCACGGCCAGCGGCAAGGUCGACCGCAAGGUGCUCCAGAAGUGGGCGCAGGAAGCGUUGGGCGCUUCCGCGCCGGUCCCGGCGGCUGCCGAGGCCGCCAAGAUGACGGUGGACUUUACCAGCGAGGACAGCGUCCGCGAGCUCAUCGUCGCCACCAUCGCCUCCGUCAUCGGAGAUGCGGCCACGUCCGCCGACGCUACCGUGCCGCUGUAUACUUGGGGCAUCGACAGUCUCCAGGGCAUGCGCGUCCUGCAGGCCCUGCGCGAGUACGAGGUUGAGGGCCUCACGCUCAACGACAUCAUGGUCGGCAACAGCCUCGACGCCCUCGCCAAACGCAUCGUCGCCCUGCAAGCCGCCGCCGCCCAGGACUCCGCCGCCGCCGAGAUCGACGACGGCCCGAUCGAGAUCGAGGACGAGGAGGAGCUCCUCUUCCUCCCGCUCGUCGCCAAGCUCAAGCACUUUGAGGCCCAGUGCCUCCCGCAGUGCGUUGCCGGCCUCGGCGUCCCCGCCGAGGAGAUUGCACACGUGCUGCCCGCGACCGGCAUGCAGACGCGCAUGGUCGCCUUCUUCCAAGAGUGCGUCGACGAGCUGGGCCUCACCAAGCCGUACAUCGAGCACUUCCCCUACAAGGUGCCGCCGACCUUUGACCUGGACCGCUUCGAGGCCGCCGUGCUCGCCGUGCUCGGCGAGCACGACGCCUUCCGCACCGUCACCUGCCCAGUCGAGCACCCGCUCACGCCGUUCGCGCAGGUCGUCCUGACCCGGGACUCGCCGCGCGCCGCGCUGCCCGUCGUGCGCAUCAUCUGCUCCGCGCACGACGAGCGGCCCGACAGCCUGUGGACCAAGACCAUCGAGCAGGCGCAGAAGUCGGCCUACGAGGUGCUGAGCCUGGACCAGCCCGGUGCGGUCGUCACGUUCGUCUACGACGAGGCGCGCGAGCACUGCGUCAUGAUCUGGUCGCUGUUCCACAUGAUCUACGACGGUGUCAGCCUCGAGGUGUUGCGGCGCGAGAUUGCGCGCGCGUACGCGGACCCGGCCAGCGUCGCCGGCAUCGCGACCAAGUGCCCGCAGGGCGUGCGCCUUCCCAUCGAGGCGCACUACAGCGGUGACUGGCUCGAGACGAGCCUGUACUGGAUGCGCGAGCGUGCUGGUGCCGGCUGGUUCAAGUUCGGCGACCGCGCGUUGCCGGCGCCGGGCGAGUUCCCCGAGUCGUUCCGCAACGGCGAUGUCGCAUGUGAGACGCUCCUCUCGAGCCUCAGCCUUGACGACCUCAACGAAAUGACGCGCCGACACGGCCUGCACUCGGCGCUGGCCGUCGCCCAGGCCGCCUACUCGAUGGCGCUGGCGCAGACCGUCGCCAAGCUUGACGCCAGCGGCAGCCUCUCCGAGGACGUCGAGGUGCAGUUCGGCACCGUCAUCCACGGCCGCCAGACGCCCGCGUCGCUCGAUUGCGUCGCCCUCAUGCUCGAGACGCUCCCCGCCUACAUCAACUACAAGGCCGCCGCCGCGCCGCGCAUGACGCACCGCGACGCCGUCCGCCACAUGCUCGCCGAGCACGUCGAGCAGAUGCCGCACGCCCAGAUGCCCUGCACCACCGUCGACUUCGCCAAGACGGGCCGCCGCCUGGACAGCUCCAUCAUCCUGCAGGCCUACCCCAAGCCUCCCCCAACCUCCCCUUCCGGCGCUGCUGCCGUCGACGACCUGCCCGGCUUCAAUCGCGAGGAGAACCUCCUGCCCCCCUGGCAGGAGACCUUCACCGGCUACCCGCUGCUCAUGGAGCUCUGGCAGGGCUUUGACCGGCCCGACGAGCAGCUGCGCAUCCGCUGCUCGUACGUGCCCACCUGGCCCGGGUACGAAUUCAUGUCCAAAGACUGGGCCCGCGGCCUCAACGCCGCCCUCGAGGCCAGCCUCGUCCGCAUCCUCAACGACCCGGAUGCCGAGUUUGACCUGGCCGCACUGCUGGUCAAGGCUGAGCCUGACGUUGGUGACGGCCCUUCGGCAGCCGAGCCCAUGGACGUCUCUGCAUGA